CAGCAUGCAUGACUGACCUGUGCGUUUACAAACACUCUAAAUCAUGAAAAAAUUGACCUAUCGUUCAUUUACCACACCUACUUAUUAUCUGUAUCAAUCAUAAGUCGCUGUAAUAAAAUCGUUAAGCCUCGCGUGUGUGUAACAUUUUUAAGCACGAUAUCUGCACACCUGUAAGCAUCUGCUGUACGUAUUACAUGGUACAGAGGACACACAAGUUCGAGCUGUAAAAGCUAGUACUUGUACUUAAACGGGUAACGUGUAAAAACGCCAAAAAAUUCCUUGCCCUUACAGUGGGCUGCUGUUUUAUCGCGCCUCUUCGCCUAUGCUUGCGCCCGUGGGCCUGUCGCGGUGCCGCCUGGUCGCACAAGUAUUUUCUUUAUCUCUUUCUCUGUCUCUUACUCCCCUCGGUCGUUUUUUUCUCAUUCUAUAUAGCUACUUCGUUGUUCGAAUUAAAGCGUGGUUAUAUUAAUUAUCGAGACGAAUAUACGGGACUAAAGUCAUCAUCAGGCCUCAGGGCAACGCGAUACUCGCUGCUUUGUUUCGUCACCUACACUUAUAUUGAUAAAUUAUUUAUUCUUGUCAUCAUCGUCAUCAUCCUCGAGGAAAGAAGUUUCAAGAGAAAGAGGAAGUGAGGGGUUAUAAGUAAUUGGUCUUUUGACGGUUUUGGACCGUCUAUGCUCUUGUUUAUUAUUAUACAUAUACUCAGAAAACAUGGCGGUUAACGUAUAUGCAACAAAUGUGACGACCGAAAAUCUCAGUCGGCAUGAUAUGCUGGCUUGGGUUAAUGAUUGUCUGCAAUCGUCAUUUGGCAAAAUUGAGGAACUCUGCACUGGAGCGGCCUACUGUCAGUUUAUGGACAUGCUUUUCCCAAACUCAGUACCUCUGAAGAGGGUGAAAUUCAAGACAAAUCUUGAACACGAGUACAUACAAAAUUUUAAAUUGCUCCAAGCUGGCUUCAAGAAAAUGAAUGUAGACAAAAUUGUACCAAUCGAUAGGCUGGUGAAGGGUAGGUUUCAGGACAACUUUGAGUUCUUGCAGUGGUUCAAGAAAUUUUUCGAUGCUAACUAUGCAGGAGGAGAUAAUUACGAUGCACUUUCCAUGCGAGGUAAUGAGCAGAUGGGUAGUGCUGGCCACAACGCGCCACGGGGUAUAGGAAUGGUAAAGAAAAGUGCCCCAGUCUUAUCUAAGCCUGCUGCUAGAACCGGUGAAGGAAUACCAUCAUCUGUCCAAAUACCUGCAAAAACUGUUCAAAGAACCAUAAACAAAGUUCAACCAACUCGCGUACAACCAAAAGUAGGGGGCAUUGGAGCUCGUGGUGAUUCAGGAAAAGUUGAAGAACUUAAUAGUCAGCUCAUGGAUCUAAAAAUGACAGUCGAUGGCCUUGAAAAGGAGAGAGACUUCUAUUUUGGAAAAUUGAGGGAUAUUGAAGUUAUGUGCCAAGAGUGCGACAACAGUGAAACUCCUCCAAUAGUGCAGAAAAUUUUGGAAGUUCUUUAUGCAACUGAGGAUGGCUUCGCACCUCCAGAGGAGAUUGAAGGCGAUGAUAACGAAGAUGAUAAAUACUGAAUAAAUGAAUUUUUAUAGUUCAAAUAAAAAAUAAAGUGGAUCAAGAGUCAAGUCUGGUUUGAUGUGAAGCAUUACGACGUUAAUUCACGUAAAUUAUUGUAUGUUUGCGCGUUUAUUUUCUUUUGUUUUGUUAUUACCAAUAGAUUCAAAGAACUUCGUAUAAUUUUUUAUUCAUAUUUUUCCUACAAAAUUGAAGAAAAUCUGUAUCGUCUGUAUAAAUGAAUUUCCAAGAGAAAGUUUGCAUCUUGUUCGUAAUUGCUAAAAGUGAAAUUAAUUUAAUAACUUUAAAAAAAGUGAUUUUACAAGUCUGUUUUCUCAUUUCUAACACUAUUUUUACGAACGAAUAGGUAUUGGAAACUAACUAUAUUUGUACUCAUCAUAUCUUAUCCUGUAAAAUAAAACGUUUUUCAAUUUGGUUUUAAUAUUAUUUUCUUUAUUUUUGGACUCAAUAUAUGCUACCAGAUUUUUCAUGCAAAAAUUGGUGGUUGCGUUAAGAACACACAAAUGUAUCCUUGAGUUUGGUGUUAAUGUUUUACAAGUUUUCAUAAUAGUUUAGGUUUCAAAUCAAAAAAUAUAAGUACACGUUUUUGUUAUAUGCAAUUUUUGUCAGAGUGUAAUAGAUAAUAAAAAAAAUUAAAAGUUUCACUGAAAUAUCUCCUUGACUAACUUGAGAUUAUAUUUAAAAUCUUUCUCUUUUCGGGACAUUUUUUGGUUACAUAAUAGUGAAAACAAAUUAAAUGAUUCAACGAUAUAUUGAUGUUUGAAAUGGUAACAGAAUAUAGCUUAUGAAAAUAGAGAGAAAAGUUUGUAUCAAUAAAGUACAUCAUUUUUGUUUUGUUUUUUCUUACAAAGAAAAUAUAGACUCGACGCAUUUCUUUAACUAAUUUUGAAGAGUUGUUAUCGGCGACUACUUGAACAAAAUUUAUAUUCAAUAAAUAUUGAUGUUAUUGUAAAAAAUUAUCGAACACUGUUAUGUAAAAUUUAAAAAAAUAUAUGAAACUAAAAGUGGGAGAGUAAAAUGUGUCUUAUACACUACGGAAAUAUUUUCUUUUAUUAACAACAGUACAUAAAUUUCUAAUAUAACUCAAUGAAUGCAUGCGACAACAAUAUUCUUAAUACUGAUUUGUGGAUAAGCUUUCGAUUUGAAAUUUUAAUGAUGUAAUAAGCGUUUAAUAAAAAUAUACUUGAAAAAUAAA